GGUUUGGCGGAAGUGGUGCAGGAGUGGCGAUCCGGCAGCGCAGAGAAGCGGCGCGGCGUGGAGGACGGGACGCCAGCAAUGACGCGCUUCGCCCUGACUGUGGUCCGGCAUGGACAAACAAGAUUAAACAAGGAGAAAGUAAUUCAAGGACAAGGAGUAGAUGAGCCUCUUUCAGAAACUGGAUUUAAACAAGCAGCUGCUGCUGGUAUAUUUCUUAAUAAUGUGAAGUUUACUCAUGUUUUCUCCAGUGAUCUCACGAGGACAAAGCAGACAGUGCAUGGGAUUUUGGAGAAGAACAAAUGUUGCCAACAUAUGACAGUGAAGUAUGAUUCAAGACUUCGAGAAAGAAAAUACGGGGUUGCAGAAGGCAAGGGGCUGAGUGAGCUGAGGGCAAUGGCCAAAGAAGCUGGGGAAGAAUGCCCUGGGUUCACACCACCUGGAGGAGAGACCUUAGACCAGGUGAAGAUGCGUGGAAUAGACUUUUUUGAAUUUCUUUGUCAACUGAUCUGGAAGGAAGCAGAUAAAAAAGAAUCGUGUUCCUUAGAAACUCCAAGCAACUGUCUGGCAACUUCUUUGGCAGAGAUAUUCCCUUUAGGAAAAAGCUGUGCCUCCAAAUUUAAUUCAGACAGCAGCGCUCCAGAAUUAGUAGCCAGUGUCUUAGUAGUGAGUCACGGUGCUUACAUGAAAAGCCUGUUCGGUUAUUUUCUGAAUGACCUUGAGUGUUCCUUACCAGAAACUCUGAGCAAAUCUGAACUUACAUCAGUCAGUGCCAAUACAGGGAUUAGUCUCUUUAUCAUAAACUUUGAGAAAGAAAGAGAAGUUAAACCAACAGUUCAGUGUGUUUGUAUGAACCUGCAGGAGCAUCUAAAAGAAAUGACUGAAACUUGCUAAAUUUAAACUUACACCAAAAUCCUAACAGUUUUGAGCCUCUGAGGGAGGGAGUGCCUUUGACUUUAUUUAUUUUCAUCCUCUGCUCUCACUAAAUUGGAAACAGUU